UUGAUGUCGAUGACGAAGAAAACAAUUACUACAACCUUAUUCUUUGCAAUUCACAUUCUUCUCGUCCGUUCUUUCCGCGAAAAAACAUUGGAAGAAUCAGGACCGUUGAUCAUCCCGAUCGGGGUGAUCGUCGACCUGACCUCGCGAGUAGGAGCCAUGGCCAAGCUCUGUAUGGAAAUCGCGAUAUCAGAAUUUUAUAAGGAACACUCAAAUUAUAGUACGAGAUUGCAACUGCACACCAGAAAUGCUGACAAUAGCCUUCUUAGUGUCAAUUCUUCGGCAUUGGAGUUGUUCGAACAAGAAAGAGUGCAAGGAAUUGUCGGGAUGCUAUCAUCAACAGAGGCAACAACGCUGUUAGCUGAAAUUGGGCUAAAAUUUCAUGUCCCAAUCAUCUCCUUCGUCUCCAUUUCUCAUUCAAACAAUAGCUAUUUGGUGAGGAGAACUCCCGACGAUGCUGCAAGAGCAGAGGCACUUGCAGCCAUAUGUCGAAAGUAUCGAUGGCCGGAGGUUUCCGUGGUAUACGAAGACACAUACAACGGCUAUAAAUUUCUUUCCGACAUCACUAAAUCACUCCAAAAAGCCAAAAUCCGGUUCGCAUACGCCGCGGCCAUUCCUAGUUCAUCUACUAAUAAGAUCAUCAUAAAGGAGCUUAAAAAGUUAAUGACGAGGCAAUCGAAGAUCUUCCUGGUGCACGUGAGCCCGCCUCUUGGCUUCCGGUUGUUUAAUUUAGCGAAAAAAUUAGAUGUGAUGAGCGAAGGGCACGCUUGGAUUACAAGCGAUAGUUUAUCUAUUUUCAUGAAUUCCGUGGAUAGGGCCACCCGCGAUUCGAUGGAAGGAGUUAUUGGCAUUCGGCCGUAUGUGAAGCACUCGAAAAAGCUCGAUCAUUUUAAAGAGAAGUUCAAAAGGAAUGUGAUCUUGGCGAAUAUUUCGAGCAAAGGUAUGGAGCUAAAUGUUUACGGUUUAUGGGCUUACGAUGUUGUGACCGCAUUAGCCGUUGCUUUGGAGAGGCUAACGAACACGAUUACAAAUGGAACCGCACUUCUCAAUGAACUUUCGAAGACUAAAUUUCGCGGUCUUAGCGGAGAAUUCCAACUUAUUGGCGGGAAACUUAAGAUGUCGGGAUUCGAGAUAUUCAACGUGGUUGGAUCCGGGGAUCGAACUAUUGGAUUUUGGACGCCGGAAAAAGGGAUAAUAAGAGAAUGGAGUUCAACCAGCGAAGAAAAACCACUAAAGAGUGCAUUGUGGCUGGGAGAUUCGAACAAACAACCGAACGGUUGGGACAUCCCGAAUCACGUUAGAGUUGGGAUUCCUUGGAAGGAAGGAUUCAAAGAAUUUGUCGAUGCGAGUACUUGCGAUCCCAAAACAAUAAGCUCCACGAAUGCAACCGGAUUUUCGAUAGAUAUCUUCUUGGAGGCGCUCAAUGUUUUACCUUUCUCGAUCAAUUAUACAUUUCUUUGUUACAACGAGACUAACCACUCGUGGAGCUACGAUGACAUGUUGCGAAAAAUACCACAGGAAUACGAUAUGGUAGUCGGGGACACGACAAUUUGGGAUUACAGAACAAACUUUGUCGAUUUUUCACUUCCAUAUUUGGACUCCGGAGUUGUCCUAGUCGUUAAAAAUAAGAAGCCAAUCGACAUGUGGACUUUUGUAAGGCCAUUGCGAUGGGAUCUAUGGUUGGUGAUCAUCGGCACAUGCAUUACGCUAGGAAUGGUUAUUCGAUUAUUAGAGCCUAAUGAGCCCGACAAUGGAGUCGAUCCCAUGGCGACAACUCGAAGAGAGCAUCGAAAUACCGUUUUAUUUUCUCCCAUUGCGGUUCUUGCUUUUCCAGAGAGGAAUAUGGUCUCGAAUGCUUGGUCCUUCGUCGUCUUGGUGUUUUGGUUGUUCAUGGCCUUUAUAAUAAUGCAAAGUUACACGGCGAACUUGUCCGCGAUUCUAACAUUGGAUCAACUCAAGUUCGCCUUUUCGGACAAUUACAACAUAGGAUGGCAAGAAGGGUCCAUCAUGACCGAGUUCUUAAUCAAACACCUACGCAUUGAGCGAUCGAGGCUUAAGAGCUAUUCUUCGCCAAAAGAAUACCACGAAGCGAUGUCCAAGGGAACAAAAAACGGAGGCAUAGAUGCCAUAUUCGACGAGAUCCCUUACAUGAGGAUUUUUCUCCACAAAUAUGACUCGCAAUACAAAAUUUUCGGGCCAACUUAUAGAACCGGCGGCUUUGGCUUCGCAUUCCCGAAGGAUUCGCGCUUAAUUCAACACUUCUCUAAGGCAAUACUCAAUGUCACUCAAAGUUCAAGAAUGACGAGCCUCGAGCAAAAGAAUUUUGGACCAGGAUACUCGACGCAAGAUCCAUUUUCUCCGGAGAUCUCGCAACAAACUUCGAGCCUUACUCCAUUCGAUUUUGCCGGCUUGUUCAUGAUCGUGGGAUCAGUGACUUUCUUUGCAUUGCUUUGCUCGAAGACAGCAAUCGGAAAAAAUUUGACAAAUAUGAGCCUAUGCUUGCUCCACAAUGUCUUCGACAUUUUUAAGACAUCGAAUGGAGACUCGAUAAGAGAUGAUAGCAAUGACGUCGAUUCGAUAGAAGGAAGAGAUGUUGAUAGCUUUCAAUCGAUCAAUGGAUUUCAUAUAGAAGUUAUUGCAGAAGAAGUGACACAAGAAGAAGGGGAUCGAAUCCAUCAAACUUUGGGGGAACAAUAGUUCAUAGGAAAUUUGGUAUGAUUAAGGUUUCUAGUUCAUUGGUAAUAAUCUCCUAAUUCCUAACCUAUGUGAAUAUCUCAAUUAACAUAUAAAAAUAUUAUAAAUAGCAUAAGGAAAUAUAACA